AUGGCUCCUCAAGAGUACAAGCUCAAGAACAUCACGUCCCUGGAGGGUCUGGCCCCCAGUGCCAAGCAAGAGGUCGAGGUCGAGGGCAUAGAGGGGGGUAGAGUCCUCCUCGUCAACGCUGCUGGCACCAUCCAGGCUCUCGGCUCAAAGUGCACGCAUUACGGCGGUCCCCUGGCCAAAGGUGUUCUGACCAAGUCUGGCCGUCUGACCUGUCCGUGGCAUGGAGCCUGCUUCAACGCCAAGACGGGCGAUAUAGAAGAUGCCCCAGCCCUCAACUCCCUUCCCGUCUUCAAGACCACCGAGCGCGACGGCGCCGUGUACAUCACCGGCGAAGAGUCAGCCAUCAAAUCGGCUCGUCGGACGCCCAACUUCAAGUGCGCCGGCUCCGGCACCGGGGAGGGCCACGUGGUCGUCGUUGGCGGCGGGUCUGGUGCCAUCGGCCUGGUGGAGGGUCUCCGAGAGAAGGGGUACGCCGGUGGACUGACGGUGAUCACCAACGAGGGUUACCUGCCCGUUGACCGGCCCAAAGUGAGCAAGGCGCUCAUCGCCGACCCCGCCAAACUAGCCCUGCGGGACAAGGCCUGGUUUGAAUCCGGUUCCGUGGAUUGGGUGGACGGCGAGGUCGUCGGGGUUGACGUGUCGGAGAGGAACGUCACCACCAAGGCAGGCGACAAGAUUUCCUACACCAAGCUUGUCCUCGCGACCGGCGGUGUGCCCCGGAAGCUGCCGCUGCAGGGCUUCACGGUCCUGGACAACAUCUUCACCCUGCGCAGCGUCCACGACGCCAAGAAGAUUGUCGAGGCCGUCGGCGAAAAGGGCAAGAAGGUCGUCGUAAUCGGAUCGUCGUUCAUAGGGCUCGAGGUUGCUCUGGCCCUGAGCAGUGACAACUCGGUGUCCGUUGUGGGUAUGGAAAAGGUCCCCCUGGCACCUGUGCUGGGUGAGCAAGUCGGCGCUGGGAUCCAAAAGGUCGUCGAGGGCAAGGGCAUCAAGUUCUACCUCGGCGCUGGCGUGGACAAGGCCGAGCCUCUCGGGUCCGACCAGUCCAAGGUGGGCGCCGUGGUCCUGCAGGACGGCACAAGGCUGGAGGCCGACCUGGUCAUCCUAGGCGUGGGUGUCUCCCCUGCCACCGAGUUCCUCCGCGACAACAAGGUCCUCCGUCUCGAGCCCGAUGGGUCCCUCAAGACGGACGAGACGUUUUCCGUCGUCGGCGUCAAGGACGUCUACGCCAUUGGCGACAUCAGCACCUUCCCCUACCACGGUCCCGGUGGAGAGGGCAAGGACACCAGGAUCGAGCAUUGGAGCGUGGCGCAGAAUUCGGGGAGGGCCGUGGCCGCACACAUCGUCAACGCGUCCCUCACGCCGUCGCCGCAGUUCAUCCCCGUAUUCUGGUCCGCCCUCGGUGCUCAGAUGCGCUACUGUGGUAACACGGCCGGCGGCUAUGACCAUGUCAUUGUCGACGGGAAUCCCGCUGAGGCAAGCUUUGUCGCUUACUAUACACAGGGGGAGACGGCCGUGGCUGUCGCUAGCAUGGGUCGUGAUCCCCUUGUUAUGCAGAGUGCAGACCUCAUGAGGACCGGUACUAUGCCAACGAGGUCACAGCUAGAGGAGAAUCCCGACGUCAUGGCGGUUGGGAUACCGGCUUGA